GUAUGAAUUUGGUUUGUCUGAUUAGCAACGCUUCAUCAGAACAUAACCACGGUAUAUCGCGGGGGGUUGGUUAUACACGCACGUACGGCUGGUAAAAAGACCGAAGCCGAUUUUUCGGUCGGCCGGGAAGCCGACGUCACGACGGGAAAAUAAAAUAUCACCGAUAGGAGAAAUAACGAGAAUAAAGUUAUACAUUUUAAUCAUAGAGAAAUACAAAAGAGAGAGAGAGAGAGAGAGAGAGAGAAAGAAAGAGAGAGAGAGAGAGAGGGAAAGAGAAAAAAUAUCUCAUUUUAAAGAGAGUCAUCUAGAAGAAAAGAAGAAGAAGAAGAAGAAGUAAAAGUAGAAGAAGUAGAAGAAGAAGAAGAAGAAGAGGAGGAGGAGGAGGAGGAGGAGGACGAGGACGAAGAAGAAGAAGAACAUAGACCGGGAGGAGGCGAACGAAACUGCCAGAUUUGUAGGACCGACGCGUAUAUAUUUACAGAAAAUAAGGAUCAAUUUUGUAAAAUAUGGCUGCAUUACCACGAAGAAUUAUCAAAGAAACUCAAAGAUUAAUGCAAGAACCUGUUCCUGGUAUAAGCGCAGUUCCAGAUGACACAAAUGCUAGAUAUUUUCAUGUCAUUGUAACGGGACCUGAAGAUUCGCCAUUUGAAGGUGGUUUAUUUAAACUCGAGUUGUUCCUACCGGAAGAUUAUCCAAUGUCUGCCCCUAAAGUGAGAUUUAUAACCAAAAUUUAUCAUCCAAAUAUCGAUAGAUUAGGCAGAAUUUGUCUAGACAUCUUAAAGGAUAAGUGGAGUCCCGCUUUACAAAUUAGAACGGUUCUUCUAUCAAUACAAGCACUUUUGAGUGCACCAAAUCCAGAUGAUCCUUUGGCAAAUGAUGUAGCUGAACUUUGGAAAGUUAAUGAAAGUGAAGCGAUACGUAAUGCCAAAGAAUGGACCCGGAGAUACGCAAUGGACAACUGAUCUCAGCUUUGUCAAAUCAUUCGCAACACAAAGCAACGUUACCCCUUUUGUCCCAGUUUAUUCGUCACCUUACCCGCACUAGCUGCAUAUCCUGCACCUGUGUCCACGAUUUUGCUAUAAAAUCAAUAAAAGUUUUGUAAGAGUAAAUAGAAUGGAACUGUAUUUUCUAUAUUGUGGGAAAUACAAAAACAUCUUAUUUAGAUUUCUUUAAAAAUUCAUUUAGCAAACUCGUAUGAUUUUUUCCAUUAUAAUACUACAUAUUUACAAAAGUAUUCUUUAAUUAAAAAAAGAAGAAAGUAUAUUUAAAAAAAAAAGAAAAAAAAAGAAAAAAAAAAGAAAAAAAAAUAUUAAUAGCAAACGUUGUUUAUUUCGGCGCGUAAUUUUGAAUAAAAUUGAGAAAGAAACAAGUAUGCUAUAUUAUACUAAUUUACUAAAUAAUUACAAGAUAUUUUGUGCAGUGCAUAAUUAACAUGCAUUAUGGUUGAUGAUUUUAAUAAGCUACAAAAAAUGUGCUAGAAUCUAUUAAGUUAUAUUAUGUAAUACAUAAUUCUUUAUUGAAUCCUUUUCAUUCUACUAACUAAAUAUCACCUGGGAUUGUUAUGUGGGUACAUAUAUUUAUGCAUAAUACAAGAAGAUAAAUAUUAUCCUUAUUACUGUAUUUAAAAACAAUAAUAUUUAUUUGUCGAUUAAUCCAUAUAGAAAUUUUAAGAUAACAAAACUACAAACUUCUGCAAAAAUUAACCUUUCUAAUGUAAUUAAUUAUUGUACAAGUAAUUAUUUAUGACUGGAAAAAAUGGUAUGAAAAAAUUAAUAUAAUUUAACGAUAAUAUAUGAAAGAUCCAAAAGUUAUAUCUCUAACAAAAAAUACAUUUUUUAUUAUUUGAGCUAAAAUAUCUUCGAAUGCUAAUUAAUUAAUUGUAGGUUGAAAAAGCAAAAACAAACAAACAAACAAAAAAAAAAGAACAAAUUAUUUUGUAAUUCUUGAAACACGUUCAAUUUCGUUUGAAUUAGACAUAGACGAAUGAGAAUAUGAGAUAAAUAUUUACGUCUCACUAAAAAGCUUGCACUACCUCAAUAGAAAAUUGAGUUCGAUGUAAAAUUUUAUUAGUAUCGUGAGAAGAAUAUAAUACUCUCAAAAGAGAAAACAAAACAAAAAAAAAACAAAAUAUAUAUUAUUAUGCAACUGAGAUUAUAAAGGAUUCACGCGUAAAUAAUAUUUUUGUUGGAAGAUUGUAUACAAAUUUCUGUAUACUAAUUUAGCGUUUAUGUUUCACAAGAAAAAAAAAAUAAUACAAUUUAAGCUUCCUAAUAUGGCACUUGGGUCUGUAUGUGUAAAUUCAACUUCCAAAUGGUUAUACAUAAUUACUAAAAUAUAUAUACAUAUAUAUAUAUAUAUAUAUAUAUAUAUAUAUAUAUAUAUAUAUAUAUAUAUAUAUAUAUAUAUUUACUUUCGAGUAUCUUGCAACACACUAGAAAAUACUUAAUAUAAUUGUGGUUUGAUUAAUUGAAUAUAUAAAUUGUGAUAAGUUAUAAAAUAACCCAUAUCAAUUGUGUAAUGUUUCAAACACUUCCACGUCAGAAAAUACAAGAAUUUUAUAUGGGGAAAAAAAAAAAGAAAGAAAAACAAAACAAAACAGGUAUAUAAUGUUUGCAUGUAUUUGAUUAUCGAAUGCUUAUUAAAAAUUUACGUGUAUAUGGAAGCUUGAUGAUGCAUUAAGAAAAAUGUAAUUUCAAAUGAUUAUGCUAACCAAAAUUGGCUAUUGUGUGUUCUAUUAACAAAGUUAUUUUUUUAUUAACACAUUGCACGUAUAUGUAUAUUUUUUCUUUCCUUUUUUUUUUUUUUUUUUUUUCUUCAAAUAAGAAUAAUCAAUAUUGUCAGUGCAUUAGCUUUUUAUGUGUUUUAUCAUAUCAGCAAAUUUAUAAUAGUAAUAAUAAUAAUAAUAAUAUUAAUAAUAAUAAUAAUAAUAAUAAUAAUAAUAAUAAUAAAAUAUUAUUAUUUAGUAUUUUUAAAGAUGACAAAAACUGGAUUAAUAGGGGGUAUAGAAAAAUACUCACAAAGUAAUUGUAUACUUAAAAGCACAUUGCUUUGGAAGUGGUAAAUAUCUUCAUAAAAUAUAUAUAUAUAUUUUUUUUUAAAUAUAUAAAAUAUAUAUAUAUAUAUUUUCAAUUUAAUUAUAUAUAAAAAAAAAAAAAACAAUAAAAUACUUCACAUAAUGUAGUGUCACACUUGUGUGACAUAAUUGUUGAUCCUUUUUGACCAUGUGUACUCGUACAAGCUAUAAAUAAUUAUUCUUUUAUCAGAGUCAAGCCAUAUACAUACAAUAUUAAUUUUUAUUCUGCAUUGUCGAAUUGACAAAUUUAUAUUAAGAAAACAAAUGCAUUAAAAAUUGGUUGUAGAAAAAAAUAUAUAUAUAUAUAUACUGAAAAGGAAUACAGCCGGUCAAUCGCAUAUGCUGUUAGAAAAAAAAAAUUUGGAAUAAUUUUUAAAAUGUGUGAUAAUUAAAAAGUUCUUACUUAGCUUUGAGAAAAACUUCAAUAAUAAUUUAAUAUGUAAUAUCAUUUAAAAAUAAGGCGAUAUUUGCAGGUUCAUAAUAGUUGAUAAAAAAAAAAAAAAAAAUGAGAAGAAAAAUUACCACAAAGAUGUUGCAAAUAACGCAGCAAUAUAAUGAUUAUUCCAUGGUAUUGUUUAAACAAAAAUGCAUUAUAUUCCACGAAAAAUAAAGUAAACAAAUUCGCGUGUUUAUGCUACGUGAUAAGCGAUAAAUAGUUAAAGAAACGUAUAAUGGAUGCAUGUAUAUAUAGAUGUCUUGUGAACAUCGUACUAAUAAAAAAAAUAUAGGUUGUUUAAA